UCCUUCCAUGCUCCAAAAGAAAGCAUCCAAAAUGUUGCUCGGCGGAGGUGGCUUUCACUUUCAGUGGAUCUCCUUCCUAUACUCUUCGCUUGGCUCAUCGUCUCUGGAUUCUCUCGCCGUUGUUCUUUCCCAAUCCACUACCUAAUGAGUCGUCAACCUGAAGUUCUCUGGGCUCAGCGUUCUGAUAAGGUUUAUCUUACUGUUGCUCUACCUGAUGCCAAUGAUGUUUCCGUUAAGUGUGAGCCUCAGGGUUUAUUUAGCUUCUCUGCUAAUGGAGUUCAAGGUGAAUCCUACAAAUUCAGCUUAGAACUUUAUGGACCAAUCGUAGCUGAGGGUUGUAAAACUAAAUCUGGCUUGAGAAACAUACUGUGCUCAAUUCAAAAGGAACAGAAAGGAUGGUGGAAAAGGCUGCUAAAGUCUGAAGAGAAACCUGCACCAUACCUGAAGGUUGAUUGGAACAGAUGGUGCGACGAAGAUGAUGAAGAAUCAGCUUCUGACGAGGAAUCUGAUGAUGAUGCACGGUUUGUGGGACAAGAUGAUGGGAGCAGUGACGAGGAAGGGAUGUUGUAUCUCCCUGAUUUGGAAAAGGCAAGAGGAUAGGAACCCCUGUGAUAGAUUUUAUGGAAUUGCUACCUUAGAUUGGACUCGGGUAUCAUGGGGGAAAGAAGCUUUUGGGAGAUGGGUAUUAUGGAAUUGCUGCUUAGAUUGGACACACUACGGUAGCCUACUCGGUAGGUAUCCACUGUGAUAGAUUUUAUCUUGUACAUAGAAUCUGGUAGGUGGUUAGACAUCGUUGGUGUGCGAGGGCUUGGUACAAUUCUGGCAUCUGGUCAUGAUUUCUUUUAUUUUGCGGAUUAUAUGCUCAUGUGAGUCUCCUAAUCAUUUCAACAAUUUACUUCGUUGUGAUCUGUCCUAGACUUUUGACCUUUUUGGUUCCUUUUUCCGCUGGUGUCAUUGAUGCAUUAAAAAAAGAGAAAGAAAACAAGAUUUCUUCUA